AUGGUUUUCGCUCACUUCAUGAUGGGCAUUAUCGCCAACCGCAAAAGCGCCGCAGACUACGACGGUGACAUGAAGGCGGCAAAGGCAGCAGGCAUCGAUGCCUUUGCUCUGAACAUUGGCACCGAUAGCUACGCCGAGGAGCAGCUCGGCUAUGCCUACGAGUCCGCCGCCAACAAUGACAUGAAAGUCUUCAUCUCCUUCGACUUCAACUGGUUCUCUACUGGCGACGCUACAAAAGUUGGCGCUAUGAUCAAGGAGUUCGGUGGCAAACCGGGCCAACUCAAGGUUGACAACAAAGCGUUUGUGUCGUCCUUCGUUGGUGACGGCUUGGAUGUUGCCACAGUGCGUUCCACGGCCGGUAUGGACCUCUACCUCGUGCCAAAUUUCAAGGCUGGUGGAGAUGCUAGUGGCAUCGACGGCGCGUUCAACUGGAUGGCCUGGGAUAGUAACGGUGCCAAUCGUGCUCCAAGUGGCGGCACAAAUGUCACCGUAUCCCAAGGCGACGACACCUACAAGCAGUGGCUUGGCGACAAGGCUUACAUGGCACCCGUAUCCCCUUGGUUCCACACCCACUACGGCCCCGAGGUCAGCUACUCCAAGAACUGGGUCUUCCCCGGCGACCUUCUCUGGUACAAUCGAUGGAAUGAGAUCCUGGAGCUUCAACCGCCCUUUGUCGAAAUUAUCACCUGGAACGACUACGGCGAGUCGCACUACGUGGGACCACUAUCUAGUCCCCAUGGCGACGAUGGAAAUAGCAAGUGGGCAAACGACAUGCCGCACAACGGCUGGCUCGAGAUGGCGAAGCCCUUUAUAGCUGCGUACAAAGCCGGUCAAAAGACGCCGGCUAUCGAUGAAGACAAGCUAGUCUACUGGUACCGCCCUACACCCAAGACGCUUGACUGCACCGCCACCGAUACUAUUGGCGAGCGGCCAGACGGCUACGACACCAUGGAGGACUCUGUCUUCGUCGUCUCGCUGCUCAAAACCGCCGGCUCAGUGACCGCCACCUCGGGCUCCAACACGCAGACUUUUGACGCGCCUGCUGGUGCUGCCGCCUUCAGUGUCAAGAUGGGCGUUGGCGCGCAGACCUUCAGCCUCUCGCGCGACGGCACUGAAGUCAUGAAGGAGACCAGCUUGCGCGACGUCAUGGACACCUGCCCGUGCGGAAUCUACAACUACAACGCCUUCGUGGGCACCGUUCCCGCGGGCGAGCAGGACCAGCUCCAGCCAGACAGCUACGCGAUGCUGUCGAAUGGGUUGAAGACGGAGUGCCAGGCUAACGCGCUGCCGAUUCGCGCUUCUGGGUCAGUCCCCGAGAACCCGAUCACCCCCUCUGCCACCCCAGAACCCUCGUCUACGCCCGUCAGUGGAACUGUUGCUGAUACUCCCAAAGUUAGUGCGACUUCCGCUGCGGCUGUCACGAGUGCUGCACCCUCGUUUGACGCGCCGCCUACGCCUAAGAUUACGCCCACGCCGACUGCCACUCAGCAAGCUGGGUCGGGAAGCUGCACGAUGACUGUUACGGCUUCUAGUCAGAUUGCUCCGACGAACUGUUUGGCUUCGGGACAGGCGUGGGGUGGAGAAGGGGCGACGCCUGAUUGCUGUGAUGGGGCGACUUGUUGCCGUUAA